UAGGAUAAUAAACAACAUCGCGGCCUUCAAAUCCGUAUCCAAUCGUUGGUGACCUCCAAGACUUUUCAAAUUUGAACGUAAAAUCGAUUGACUGUUAUUAUUUAAAACCUGAGUGGAAAUGUGGGUUAUGUGUGAUCGCAUCUGAGCGGAUUCGCAGAGUUUACGCGAUUGUGAAACGAUGAAGGACUGCUGAUACAAGUGAUAGAUCCGUUCUUCGAAUUGUUCGUUGGACCAUCGCCACGAUCGGAACAAAGGAUCUAUACGAUGUUUACUCCUAUCAAACCUAAGAGUUCUGGCGUGUUAAAUGACACGGUGUUGAGCACUCCACUGCCGCAGGCGACAUCCACUGUUCGCAGAAAAGCCAUAUUGGAGAGCAAAUUCAAUGAUAAUCUGCAAUUAAAUGAGGAAAAGAGCAAGCAGGAUCUGUUAUAUGACAAUGAAUCGACACAAAAAGAGGAUAACUCGUUAGGUCUUCUUGAUAAUAUGUCAGAUCUUACGAGCAUAAGCACAGUGGAAGACGAGCAGAAAUUGAAUUUUUCCAAUAUAGAUGCGGAACUUGAAAUAGCCAGAAAACUUCUACAGAGAUGUAGUGAUAAGAAUUCUGUUUUAAUCACAGACACAAAUAAAGAAAAUAAUGCUAAUAUGCAAAAUAUAACGAGCAAUAUGCCAGUUUCAAAUUUUAUUUUACCAAUUGAAGCUUGUAUGUCCGAGUUGGACAAGGAGUGCAACAUGAGUCACUCGGUUACUUUUGAACCCAAUGAAAUAACAGCACGUUCAUCUGGUGUCAGUAGUAGUGCUAAAAGACAAUCUCUUAUAAACCUAUCUUUCCAUGGCAUUAGUUUCAAUAAAAACGACAUAAUGACACUUAAUAAUGAGAUGAUGUCAGAAGAAUUUCUAUCUAACUCAAAAGGGGCUGAACAAUUGUCAAUGGAUCAGACUUGCUUUGCUCCGCAUAAUUUCACAUAUUGUAUGCCAGGCAUGAAAACAGAAAAGCAAAAAAUAGACUUUAGCACUCUUUCUGGUAUUAUUGGAGAGCUAGACUUAUCAAUCGAAUCUUGUGCUGGACGGAAAGUAUCUGUCGGCAGAUAUUUUGAACGUAAAUCUGAUGAUAUAGAAAUGCUGGGAAAUGGAAAAGCAAAACCAAACCUUAAGGUUUUGGAAACUCCUAUAAAAACAGGCAAAUUACCAGUAUUAGUUGAAUCGACUGUCUCGAUAGAAGCAACAACAUCAUCAAUGGAAUUGACAGAGAAAGAGCAUGUGCUUAUUCCAAAUAUAACAAGGGACAUAGAUGAAAAUAGUAUCAUAAGUUUAAGCACUAUUGUUAAUACUUUAGAAGACGUUAACAGCGAGACACCACGGCGAUUGGUUGAUCAGCUUUUAAUGGCACAGAAGAAAAAAAACCAUUCUCUAAUGUAUAAUAACGCAAGAAAAGAAAACUCCGAUGAAAAGUCUAUUUUAGCAAUGUCUAUUGGAAAUUCAAACAAGUUUGAUGAUAAUGUAGAAAAUCGUUCAGCUAAAUUAUCAAUAGAUAGUAAAACCAAAAAUGAAACUAUAAAUGAAAUUGUUAAUAUAAAGCAGGAACGUAGAAGUGUGUCAUUUCCUCCAAAUGAAAAUGUGAUGAAGGCUGAAUCCUUCACGAAUAUAUCUAAAAAGAAAAUGUUAGAGGAUUCAUGUAAUGAAAACGUAGUAUCUUCGAUUAAUCAAGACAUAGGUGUAUCGUCAUCAUCAGAUCUUACAUUUUCUUUACAAAAUUCCACACUACCAUGCAAUGAUAAAUUGACUGCAUUGUCCUAUGUAUCAUUUAAAAUGAACAAAAAAAGUUUUGAUGAAGAGAGCUACAAAAAUUUGAAUAUUCAAAAUAAAGAACAAAAUAUUUCUAAUAAUAUGAGCUCAUCGCUGUUAGUGAACAAUAUGGACAUGCAAAUUGAUUCAAAGAAUAUUGUUCUUGGCAAGAAUACAGAAGAAGCAUGCAAUUGUGUUGUUGGUUUGACGAAUGAAGUAAAUGUUGAACUCAUAAAUAAUGGAGAUAGAUGGAUCACGUAUAUCUUUAAAUUGAUUGAAGUAGUAGGAGAUACACAAAGUAUUGAAUUGAAUAUUCCUUCGAAAGAAAUUUUAAUAAAUUCUAAUAGUACCCAAUCUACAAAGAUUGAAGUAAAAGUACUAAAAAUGUGUAAACCAAUAUUUGUAAUACUAAAUAUAUUUUUAUCAGAUAUGGUAGCAAAAUCAAAAUGGUCUAUGAAACACAUAAUCUUUGUUAAUCCGGAGCAACUUGAGCUUGAUAUUGUAUGUCCUUCUGACAAACAAAACUUAGAUUUUCAAUACAUCGGAGAGGAAACAAUCAAAAUUCUGCCUAUAACAUUUUAUAAUAAAAACAACGUUGCUGUACCUGUGAAACUGUCAAUAUUAGAAGAGGGCUCAAAAAUGUUUAGCAUUGAUGGACCAACGCAUUUUCUACUUGAACCACUUAAGAAAUUUAUCACUAAUAUAAAAUGUGAAAAAUCGCGAUCUACAUCAGUAGAUUCUCCGCAGAGACAGCCACAACAUUGGAAAAGCAAACUAAUUGUAUAUGUACAAUCCAAGGAUGACAUUAUAUUACUUAAAAAAGAGAUACCUCUUUACGCACAAAUAGGUUUUUGUAAAAUCCAAAUCGUCGACACAGAAAUACCGAUAGUUGUUCCAAGACAGCAAGGAAAAUCAAUAAAUAUCAUUAACUCGGGAAAUAUCGCAAUUCAUGUGUUCGCUUCUAUCGUACCAUUUGAAGGACAUUCAAACGCGAUGCAAGAUUUUUUUAUAAAGCCAGAUGAUAUAUUUUUGCAAGUGGCAGAAAGGAGUUCAUUCUUAAUUGUAUAUAAUCCACAAUUUUCAGAUGCAAACUCUGUAAAUAAUGAAAGAUAUGCGAAAAUUAAAUUAGUUGCCGGGAACAAUGUUUACCACUACAUUAUAAGUACUGAACAAAGAUUAUUAGAAUCAGAAAAAGAAAAUUAUUUACGUUGCCAUACGCCUAAUAAUGUUGUAUCUCUAAGUCCAGCAACAUCGCCACAAAGUGUAACUUCUAAUAGAUCUGGACCUUGUGAUAGAAAUUCACCAAUCAGUACAGUAUCUAGUUCAGUUGUAGCAGGACAUGUAAUUCCAAUCAGAGCUACACACGCUGCUCUAGUAUGGAAUAGUGUAAAAACGGGAAAAAGUGAAACUAAAGAAUUUACAAUUCGCAACACGAGCAAUAACAAGAUUAAAAUUCAAAUAGAGAUAUGUGAUGACAGUAAAAGUUUUAAGUUUCUUGGAGAUAAACAGACUAUCAACACAAGCCUGGUACUAGUAAUGCAACGUCAAGAAAUUAAGACACUUGCAGUUGUAUUCAGUCCUUAUAGCGUAGGCUCAGUAGUUGGAAAAAUUACUAUCAAACAUUAUACAAGAGAGAGUAGUGAUUCUCAACAGUUUAAAAGAAUACCUUUAUAUGGAUACGGAGGUUGCAGUAAAGUAAAAAUUUCGGGACCAUUUAAAGAUUCGAGUAAAAAAUCGUGGUUGUCACUUGGCAAUUUAUAUUCUGAAACUAUGACUUUGAACGCUAGUAUUAGACUGGAUAACAUUGGCGACUUACGUUCAUUCGCCAAAGUCACAAUCAUACCUAAAGUUAUUUCUCCAAUAAUGGAUUCUAGUUGGCAUAUAAAUCCAAAAGAAAUAAUACUUAAUUCUAAAGAAUCUCAAGAAAUAACAAUACAAUUUCAUCCAAAGAAAGAAGACUUUGCGUCACUGCAACGUUCGGAAGUUUCGCAUGUGGCAACGAUAAAUGUUAUUUAUGGCGAUGAACCAACCCGUUGGCGAAUACGCAGAUUGUAUAAUAAAUUGAAACAGUCAGGUGAAUCGAUUAGAAAUGAAAAUGAAGCAUUCAAGAAUAUUGUGCAUCCUAUAUGUAAAAUUUUUCCUGGAGAGCAACUAAUUCCUGGCAUAACAUUAAUUCGCGAUUCUAUUCUAAACCUAAAUGAUCUAUGUACUGGCGUUCAUCAAUAUGAGAUAAUGGUCACAGUGGAAGCAUGCGCAGAUGAUACUUUGCCUGUACAAUAUGAUACUGAUGAAUCAGAGAUGUAUCAGUCUCUUAUAAGCGACACUACUCAUUUAGAUGAAGCGGGUGGAGCAAGUUUCUUCGCUUCUCAAACUAUAGAAUAUGAAGUUCAACACCCUGAAUUGCAAGGAGAUCAAUUCACUGUAACUCCGUCCACCAUCACUCUGAUUCCUCCAGUAAAGAAUGAAGCAACCGUGACUAUUCUUAGCUUUUUCAAAACAGCCGAGCCAUUUCAGACCAGUCUAUCAAAUUCAGAUUAUUUCAGUGUUGUUCCUGCAGAAGGAAUGUUACCUAGCAAAAAGAGCUUUCCUUUAAAGAUACAGUGUUCACAGAAACUAGAUCGUAAUAUGCAGGCUGUACUUGCGAUUUAUACAGAAAAUAAUAAACAGGACGUGUUGAUUAAAGUGAAGCGAUAAUGAUUAAUCGGUUAUACAAGAAAAAU